GGGAUGCUAAAGUCGCUAUUCAUGUACGUUGAAAACCAUUCGCUUGACUUAUAAGGCGCCCAUCUGUAUUGCGAUCAUUUUGGAGCAGCGAAAAAAAUGUUGCUGAGGGUGGGGUAGAUUAUUUUGUUGGAUCGCUGAUCGUUAUUCUUCGGUUCUUCAACUCUGCAUGUACAUACACGCGUCCGAUAUUACUCAAAUUGUGCGAUAGCGAUAUAUCGUAUUAUUAUUGUCGCGGCCAAGUUUGUGUUGUCUCGGUCUCGGAAAUCAGCGUAAAUUUAUCUUCUUGUUGCGAUUUUUCUUUAAUUCAACGAUAGUAAUGAUGGAUUUUGACAUUUCGGACAUCUCUAUCGCCGAUUUGUCUUUGGCCGACGUAGAUAUCGAGGUGGAGGACCCAGUAUGCUGCACGUGUACUGGGUCCUGCUUCUACGGAACGGGGAAAAGAAGUUGCCCCUGCAAGAGCGGGGGGAAAAAUUGCACGAGAGUCUGCCGUUGUGGAGAGAAGCGGCCGUGUCGCAACAGGGCACCAGAUGUGUCUACCUCUGAAUCCAGUGACGAGGAAGCAAGUUCAGGUGCAACACAACCAGUCACCAAGUCCAGACGUCUUGAAACAGCAGAGGAUCAACACAAAGAGACGUUACAGAAAUUUGUGAGUGGUCUGGACACUGAUCAAAGAGGGGAUCUCCUUGUUUCACUGCUAGCAAGAUUUCCAGAGGCAUUUAUGGAUGCCAUGGCUGCCACCCAACCUGAACCUCCGCUACCCUUCGACGACCCAUCCUUGCCAGCUCCACCCUACUGCAGGUGUGGGAAAUGUCGACCAAUGCCAACAGAUGUUGAAAAUGUGUGCUGUGGUUUUGACAUCUGUGUGUCGACAACGCAAGCAUUUGCUGAUGCAGUUCUUAAUGGAAACGUCCUUGCUGCUGCAAUGCGUGCAGCAAACAAUGAAUUUCCCAGAGACAUAGCUCGUUCGAAUGAGUCUUAUCGGCACUAUGCGUAUAAGCAAUUCGUUCUUAUUCACCAUGGCCGUCUUGGUGCAGGAAUCCGGAGAGUUGUUCCAUCGUGUUCGGCACUGAGAAUUCGGCGUAGUUUCCCUGCACCGAAUAACAGAUACAAAGGAUUUGUUGAUGGAGUCCAAGACUAAGUGUCUUAUGUAAUCAUUGUGUUUGUGAGGUGAUGUACAUAUACAUUCUGCCUUCAAGUCAUCGCUCACCUAAUCAGACAAGUAACUUUGAACUUUCUUGCCUGUCUACUGGUUUUUAUUUGCCCCAAGCAAGCGGGUAGGUGGGUUUUUAGAACCCUGCCCCUUGGCUUUUAAAAUGAUUAGGAAUAAUUCUAAAAAUGUAACAAAAUGGAUAACAGUAGCAGCACCCUUAUUGGAAAUUUGAUAAAAAUGGUUAAUGGGGUAAUUUUAUGCCAAAUAGUUAGUAGUUGUAGACAAAGUGGGAUACGACCAUAUGAUAAGACUAAACGAAAAUUAGAGAUUUUCAGUGGUAUUCAGUCUUCAAAAAUCACAGCCUGUCAUGUUAUGUUGCAUAGAAUUUGUGAAAGUUAUUUUUCUAAUGCAAACAAAAUAGUUCAUGCAAAAUUAUGUAUAAAAAACAGACUUUAAUCUUGAAAAUUUAUACAUGAUAACAGUCUUCAUGAAUUAUAAUGAGUUAUAAUGCAUUUAGGCUAUUGUAUUGUUUUAUUAUCAUGUUACAUCAUUGGUUCACAUAAUCUGUAUUAUUGAUAUUUUGCAUCCUUUUUUAUUUCAUUCUUUUUAUGAGAAAUACAUGUGUAGUUAAUAUGAACUGUAAUUUUAUAUUAAGACUUUUGUGUAUCUUAGUGUUAAAUGAAAUAUGUACUCUUGCAAUUUCCUUGCAUAUAAUUUUUUAACAAACUGUGACUUCACCUUGCCUUUUUAUUGUUUAGACAUUUUCUAUUAGAUGUGGAGAUUUUUGUACUUUUGCAACCAGUUUCAAAUUAUAAUAUGCAUGUAGUAUGUUAUACAUGUAUGUGCAGGAUACGAUAGUAUGGUUAUUUAUGUCACCAAGACUGAUCAUAUCUCAAACAUGUGAUUUUUUUUUAUUGUAC